UCGCCAUGUUGGUUGUGGCAUUGCUAGAGACGAUCACACGGAUCGAGUCUGGCAGCCAGACGCGACUAGUGGAUGUCAGAGAGAUGUUGCUGAUACUGGUCCUCGGGGCUGUGCUCCCUGGGAUCCUGAGUGCGGGGGAGCGGGAGGACACACGUUGGCACCAAUAUCUGAAUCGUAUCCACAAGAGAGUCCAAAGUCACACGUCAUGUCACAAUGACGCCUGCUACGACUGGGCUAUCCAGCAGGACCUAGCACCAUUUACUUCUGGAAUCUCUCGGGAUCUAAUGACAAAUGUUCUCAGCCGCAAGUUGGGGACACAUUACCAAAUCAUCAGCCACCGGUUGUACAGAGAGGAGGAGUGCAUGUUCCCGGCACGCUGUAGCGGGGUGGAGCACUUCCUGCUUCAGCUUCUGCCACAUUUGCCAGAUAUGGAGAUCUUGAUAAAUGUGCGAGAUUAUCCCCAGGUUCCUCAGUGGAUGACACCAGUCAUUCCAGUCUUCUCCUUCAGCAAGACUGCAGAUUAUAAGGACAUCAUGUACCCUGCCUGGACCUUUUGGGAGGGAGGGCCUGCAGUGUGGCCCAUAUACCCUACAGGACUGGGCCGCUGGGACCUGAUGAGAGAGGACCUGCAGAAGGCAGCUGAUGUCUGGCCCUGGGAGAAGAAAAUGCCUAAAGGAUAUUUCCGAGGGUCGAGGACAAGCCCUGAGCGGGACCCCCUGAUACUGCUGUCCCGGGAGAGCCCUGAUCUGGUGGAUGCGCAAUACACCAAGAACCAAGCGUGGAGGUCAGAGAAGGACACGCUUGGUCAGCCGCCAGCAAAAGAAGUUCCGUUAGUGGAUCACUGUGCAUUCAAGUACCUGUUUAAUUUCCGGGGGGUGGCCGCCAGUUUCCGGUUGAAGCACCUGUUCCUGUGUGGGUCACUGGUGUUCCAUGUGGGGGAUGACUGGCAGGAAUUCUUCUAUCAUCGGCUUGAACCAUGGGUGCACUAUAUUCCGGUCAGCCAGGACCUGACAGACCUGCGGGAACUGCUGCAGUUUGUGAAGGAGAAUGAUGAGGAAGCAAAGAAAAUUGCAGAAAGGUAAAAAGACCCACUUGGACGAGAAAUUUGACGAGCCUGUAUACAGACAACAGAUGGAUUAAAGAAGAAGUUUUGACAACCUUAUACACAGAUAUUUGAUGAACUAUGCCAUAGACCCCCAGUUUCCCUAGAAAUUUUAAAAUUACGCUAGCCCAACACUUUUUGUAAGUCUAUGGACAUUGACAAAGCUUUUGCUCACACCUAUUGGCAAAAGCCCAAAGAAGACUGCAUUCAACAGACACCGAACAAGACUUCAACCGACAAAUGUUCAUUAACCUGACAUAGAAUACCACUGCAUUUACCAUAAUUGUGUCUUAUCUUCAUCUCUACAACCUUCAGGUAAUGACACACAUAGUCGAUAGGGAAUACAGGCACAGAUAUCAGCAAUCACAUAUUCCCCCAUUCAUGUAUCAUCAACUAAAAUGUGCUUCCCCAUUUUGUUACAACCACAGCCGAAAAGAGCUCGGUAAAGUUUGACAGCCCAUCCACAGACCCGUACCACGGGAUAAGAAGGAAUUAAAAUGUAUACUUCGCAAUACCUCGAAGCUUGAUUUAGAACAUGUGCGGCACGAUGAUACAUGACCCCCCCAAACAUGGAUUCAUACACACAUGCUUCUGCUAUCUCACUAGGUCAUAUCCUUUUCCUACCUUCUCCUCCCCUACCCAACCAUAGAAAUAUUUACACUUGACAUAUAUUUUCCUCGUUUUGAAAUGUUUUAGGAAGUGGCAGUUAUUGUUGACUGCCAAAGGGUGGACUGUCAAAGUCAGAAAAAUAUCACUAUGCACACUGCCAUAUUUGCACCUCAUGCGAGUGCCUGUUGCACGUUCGUGAGCCCUGCCGUGCGUGCGCAUACUCGCCGUUGCGGGCACCCGCAGGCGCACGGUGUGCGCAUUUACGGUAAAGUUUAUGUGCGUCUAGCGGGCGACUCGUUCAUAACAUAUUUUAACUGUAUAACGUAUUUUGUAGAUCAUGGUCCCUUUGAUAGAUUCUGAAAGUUUAGUUAAUAUAGCAUGUUCAUGGACAAAGAGAUCCCUCUUUGUUUGAUACAAAGGGUCAGACAGGGAUUAUACAGUGGUGUUUAGUAUCCAUCGGAAGAGUAUUUAAUUAGCAAUAUUCCGGUGUUGGUUUGAAGCGGAUUAAUCGCUCGUGCGAAUAGUUAUGGACAUAAGAAGUUUAUGUCCAUUUACUAUUAUUUGCACUUACUUAUCCAUGCGGCGGGAAACCUAGUUUCCCACCCACCUGAGCAGUUGGAAGUAGACACAGCCCACCUGUAUGAAUCAACCUAUGACCUUUUGUUAUAAUGCGAAGACGAAUUCCUGUGUCCAAUGAACAAUGAGAUUGUAGGGACCAUUGAAUUGUAUUGUGUGUGGGGCAUAAAUAGACAAGCCGAUCAUAUCCAGCUCUCACUCUUCAACGGUUCUCAUUGCUGAUAAUCGGGAGCUGGAUAUCCAGAGGCGCAUGCGAUCGUUCCCCUUUGUGCGUAAGUUUUCUCCGCAAUCAUAUUGUCUUUCUUGUUAUUGUGAGCCAUAUCUCUCUCUCUCUCUCUUCUUUUUCUCUCUCGUUUCUCUUAUAUUAUUAUUGUACUGAUAUUGUAUUUCAUGUGUAGUUAUCUGGUUAGGUAG